CUCGAAGCGCUGUGCAGAGCCGUCUGGCCCAAGCGGCUUCUCGCUGAUAGUGCCACUUCUGAACAGGUGACGAUGCGGUCCUUGCUCCGUGGCUACGUGUUUGUACAAUAGGUGCAUAUAAGAACUCUCCUCAUCGAAACUCAAUCCUGCUCAGCUACCAGUAUCUCUUCCUCCAGCUGCAUCAUGAUCAAAGACACGUACAGCGAAGACGGCACCACCGCUGUGAACGGCCCUGCAUCCGUUGCCGGUCCAAGCACUGCGCCCCGCUUCGAUUCCGACUUCUCCGAUAGAGAGAAGAGUGCGAGCUACUUGGAUGCAAAGCAGCCUCCCAGCAGGAGCAUCUCGGGUGUUGCGAGCGGGAAUUUUGUGAAGGCUGCAAAUUAUCUCCAGGGAGACCGCCCCUUCUUCAUCACCAUAGGGAAGGACGGGUUGACUGCAGCGCUCCAGAAGCUGGAUCAGCAGUUGAAGCAGGCGCGUGGCGCGCGUCAUUCUACGUCUUCAGCUUUGCUUAUUUCCGGUCGACCGCAUAUCCUGUCAAGCAAGCGCCCCACGGACUGGAUCGGAAAGGAAGUCAGCCCUGGCCGCAUCGGCCUGAUCACACAUGGGGCGCUGCCCAAGAUCUUGACGCGUCCCGGCAGGUAUCCCGGCUUCCCGCUGCGCAACUGGUGGGCCCGAACGUGGUCUGGCACCAAGGGCUUGUCGGACACGGUCAUCGAGUUCCAGGGCUUGACGGUCGUCCAGGUCUCGCAGAACCAGGCUGCGGUUGUCUCUGACCCUCAGAACCAGAUUUUUGUGAUCAAGAACUCAGGCUUUGUAGCGUACGCCGCCGAAGGUGCUUACAACGUCCUCUCCAUCGUCGAUCAGACCCAUCUUCCGUCGAUCGUCAAGGACAAGAUCACAGGCGUCAUUCUCGGAUCGAGGCAUGAAGUGACCAUGAAGAGCAGCACGCGGGAUGGGAAGGAGCAGGAUUACGUCGUCGCUCUCUUCCUGAACAUCCCCGCAAACAACUGCGCGAUCCUCCAGAAGGGCGAUGACCUCGAGCAGCUCCCCGCCGGGCAGCACUACAUCACGAAUCCGAACGUCACGCUGCGCGGGCUCUUCACGCUCGGCGAGAACCAGCUGGAGAUGCCGACGAAGGACAUCUUCACGAGAGAUCAAGUGCCAGUGUCGUUAACGAUCUAUCUCAAAUGGCAGAUCACAGAGCCUUUGAAGCUCACGAUGCACGGCUACAACACGCCCUAUGACGCACUCCGGGACAAGACGCAGUCCAUUCUCACCCAGAUUGUCGCACAUCUCGACUACAGUGCGAUGGUGAAGCAGCGCUCAUUGGGCCCGGACAAUCUCGAUGACGGAAGCGACGCGAACACUGCGUUCCUGGAUGCUCUGAGGACACGAGCGAUGGACGACCUUCACAUUGCUGCGUUGGAGUAUGGGAUCAUCGUGAAGGACCUUGCUGUCAUCGAUAGGCAGUUCAAGGGUGAAAUUGCCACGACGAUGGACAAGCUGACCACAAGAGCUCUCCAGGCACAAGUCGAGGCUGCUAACGUUGACAGAGAAAACAGCAACAAGAUCAAGCAAGAAGAAGGUGCCUACGCCGUGGCGCGCGUCAGAGCACAAGCUCAGAACACCACCGCGGAUGCCGAAGCCUACAAGAUCGUCUCCGCCGCCAAAGCGCAAGCGCAAAGGCUCGAGAUCGAGGCAGCCGCACAGGCACAGGCCACCCGGAUGGCCGCAGAGGCCGAGGCAGAGGCGGUCCGCAUCCGCGCGGCGGCCGACGCUGAGGUGCGCGACCAGUUCGCGCGAGAGAUGGAGCUGCGCCGCGUCGAGGUGGCGCGUGUGCAGGCGUUCGGCGCCAAUACGGUGUUCGUGCCGACGGAGGGUAUCGGCGCGCAGAUGGGCGCGAAUAUGGCGGCGGGGAUGGCAGCGGGGAUGGGUGCGGAUGCUCGGCGGUGA